UAUAAGGUACAUACUUACUGAGAAUAUGCUUUUGCGGCGUGAAUAAUUUAGUCAUAUAUAUAAUUAGUUUAUGACAGUAUGAUCGAGAAGCAAUAAUGUUUACGACAAGUUUGUGUUAUUUUUGUCUGCUUUUUCUUCUAAACAAUUCGUAUUGCGAGGAGUAUAAUCUUUACGGUGAAGCGGGCCAAGCUUAUGCUUUGGAAAUUAAUAUUGGACGUCCUGAACAAAAGUUGAAUGUACUAGUAGAUACAGGAAGCACUACAUUGGCCAUCGCUUCUUAUGCAAGAAAAGAUAGUAAUAAAUAUUUCCGUUCUGAAAAUUCUACGACUAUAUACAAUAGUGGGAAAGAGGUACAAGCAAAAUACUCGCAAGGAACAUGGCUUGGGCAUUUGUCAUCUGAUAUAGUGAAAUUUCCAUCACUCAAAUUGAUACCAGAAGUAAGAUGUGAUAUAGCUCUCAUAACAAAGAGUCACAAGUUUUUCAUGAAUGGUUCAGGAUGGCAGGGACUUCUGGGCUUAGCAUACUUACCAGUAGGAGCUUGGGGAGAGAAUGUAGUUGUUGGUUCUUGGUUGGACUCAGUUGAAAAAGUUCUAAACAAGCCAAUGUCUUUUAAACUUAAAUUAUGUGGUGUUCAGAGUUUAACUAAUGCGACACAUUAUGGAAAAUUUGAAAUGCUUGAUGACUCUAUGCCAUCUUCAAGCAAUGAUGUAAUAUUUCAUACUCCAAUUUUACGGAAACGGUGGUAUGAAGUUGGUGUUCUGUCAGUCAGAAUGUCAAAACCCUUAAACAAGUCUGUUAAUGCUUCAUUAAAAUCGUUUGAUAACAACCUGACCAUUGAUGAGAGCGAAAAUCAUUAUAGAGACACUUGUAUAAAGCUGAAUCAAGAAAAGAGUAUUGUAGAUAGUGGUACUACUAAUAUCAGGUUACCAGACAGCAUAUUUCGGGAGGUAGUCAAUGAACUUCGAAGAGCAGCUCAGACAUCGAAUAUGCUAAUUCUAGAUGAAUUCUGGUACCAUGGAGAGGCAGCCUGUUGGCCUGAACCUCAAGAAUGGUCUCUACCCUCAAUAUCGAUUGAUCUUCUGAGCACAAAUGCGGACAAUCAGUAUUUUACAUUAGAAAUUCCAGCACAGAACUUCAUGCGAGUGAUCACCGCUCGUAACAACAGCGGUGAAGGCGGCAGUGUUUCGGAGUUUUGCUACAAACUGGGUCUCGAGGCCGGUGGCAAGGAAACUGUUUUAGGUUAUACAGCGAUGGAAGGCUUACAGGUACUUUUCAAUAGAUCGGCCGGCUGGAUCGGCUGGCAGCCAUCAAAUUGUGGACCCAAAUCUCGUAUAACAGGACCUCAUAACUUUUCUAUGUCCCUAUCACUUCUAUGUCAACUCACCAAACCGGUCCCAGAUGUAGCAGUUUCAAUAAAAGCAGCUCAGUGGACUCUUUGUGCCAUAUCCAUAAUAGCGGCUGCAGUAUUAAUAUAUUUAUUAGCUCCAUGUAUUAAAAUGUUUUUUGUACGACCAUUACCGAGAUCACAACAGAUUUCUUUGUCUCAAGCAGCCCUGGUUGAACAAGAAGCUACAUAGGUUUUUUUUAUGUUCAGUAUGUGCAUUACUGUUUUAUAUAUUCUUUAUACAAUGGUGUGUAUUUUGUGCGUUAAGAGUGCGUGUUGAGUAUUUCAACUGCAUAUUAAAUUGUAUUAUGUCGUCACGAAAUUUGUAACUUUAAUAUUAAUUCUAUUUAAUUAACCGAAUUAAUAAUAAUUUAAUCUCAGGUUACUUCAGGUAGCUGAGCAGCAAUACCCACGCUACGAUUAUAAAGUUUAAAACAAUCUUAAUUAAAUUUUUUCGCUACUAUUAUUAUUUAAAAAAUUCUCACACUUCGACAGUUAAACUAUGAUGAAAAAAGUUAACAAAAUAGCGAGAGGUUGAAGACAUUGUUUUUUAGAAUGCGUGUAUGUUACUUGACAUUGAUCUCUAAUUUUAUGUAAUUACUAAUGGUGCCUAUAUUUCGUAAGGAUAUUUAUUAAAUCAAUGAGUGGCCUACAACUUAAAUCGUGUAAGAUAAACUUUACGAGUGUAAAGUAUUUGAAGUUGUAUAAACAUUAAAUUUAUAAGUAUGACUACCUUACUGGUUUUAUCCAAAUUAAGUUUAAGUUAAUCUAAUAAAAUGUCUAAUAUAAAAAUUGUUUUUAGUGUGGGCUAUUUCGUUAUCUUAUACGUCAAAUUGUCGUUUAAAAAGUAAAUCAACAUUUUAUACAACGUUAUAUAAAUAUAUGUUUGAUAAUUCA